CGUUACCGUCCUUGCUUUUACUCAGUGGUUGGCUCCGACACUAGACUGUCUCUUGCAUUUUUGCACUCACAUUAGCUAAACUGAUAGACGGCAUCAAAAGGUAUUGCUUGCAAACAUUGAGGGCCUCAAUAACCUCGGCAUGGAUGGAUUUACGGUGGAAUUGCGACCCGGCCGCUUAAAAGCUGUGCGUUGAUGCAGUGGCAUUCAUAUAGCAAUAACCAGCUCGCAUAACAACCCACGAGCCCAGCCAGGACCACUCAAAGAAGGACUACAAGCAGCCAUGUCGUUCGCGUGCAAGCAGCACACCGUCGCCCUGCGCCCGGCGCGGGCCGCUGUUGUUGUGCCUUGCCCCCGCCACGUCACGGCUCGAUUCGGUCAAAGCUCAAGCGAGUUUGAGCCCAAGUGUAACGACGUGCCUCUGGCGACCGAGAUGGACGAUGCCCAGAACGCUCGUCUGGAGGCUAUGGCCAAGGAGGCCUACCGCCGCGCCCAAGACGUCCUCAAAGGCAACAGCCAAAACUUCGCGCAGGCCCAGCCCACCACGCUCCAGUCGCUGUACGACCUGGCUCGCACCAGCCUGACCUCCGUCGACAGCGCCUCCCCCAGCCCCGCCUACGAGCUGCUGCUGGCGGCCGAGGGCGAGGCGGCGGACAAGAGCGCAGCCUCCGGCGCCGACGCCGACGCACCGCCCGCCGCCCCAGGCGGCCGCUUCGGCCCCCGCGUGUUCGCCUUCAACCUGGAGGAGGAGGUGGCCAUGGCCGAGUCAGAGGAGGACCCCGCCGCAGCUGCUGGGAUGCGGUCCCCAAGCUGGAGGGCCUGCUGGCGGCGCGGGCUGCCCGCCUGGCGUAGAUCGCAGCCGCCUCCGCCGCCCGCCGCAUCAGCCCCAACAGGAACCCGCCACGCUCCAGUCGCUGUACGAUCUGUCGGCGGCCGUGGACAGCGCCUCUGCCGGUGGCCACCGCGCCGACGACGCUCAUCGCGGCAGCCACCAUCACCAGCAGCACGGCCAGAGCGGCAGCAGCUACGUGAAGAUAUUUAUUGCAUUGAUUGUCUGGCGACAGUGCGUGGGAAGUAAGAACGUAAAAGGAUUCAUCGUGAUAGUAAAAGGGCGUGAUACGUACACGUUCAGGCAUACACAACCAAGUGCCUCGAGGAGGGAGCACUGGAUUCGUGCGGCGACGAGGCUUUUACAAGACAAGCACAAGCAUACGCACACACAUGUGGCGGUUUCUUUUUCUACAUGGAUUUUGACGCAAUGUGCACAUAAGUACAGGGUUACGCAUGGAAAGGGUGCCAGAGCAGGGUGUAUGUGUGUGUGGUCAAGUGUGUGGUUGGUACGAACACCUGGAACACCCACACACCCCGCGUACUGGCCAGUAGUUGUCAUAACAGCGGUAUGCUGAUCCAGCAUGAGAAGCAUCCGCAUCACCAAUAAACGCACCUGACGGCUGAGCAGCUAGCUAGCUUGCUGCUACAGCCCACGGCCACAUUAUUUGCACGCCCACGCCAUCUUAUCUGCCGCUUGCUACUGCCAUUCGAUGGCAGCCGGCAUAUGAUUGAUGGUGUGGCCCAUUCGGUAUGUUAACACACACGCUAUCAACACGUUAUGCAUGCGCUGGUAUAUCAGCGCUUUUUUAAAGGAAUGCUUAUUGGGAAAGUUGCUGAGCAACUACUAUUGCCCGCGGUAGGGUGUAACCUAGCACUUGCUGUCCCGGAGACUGACGUGAUGUGGGUUGGGCGGCUGGCAACGGCUAGCCCGCCCCACGAAUCGUUGGGGUUGUUUGAUUGCGGACUCAGAGCAUAGAAGGAGUAUGAUGGGUUCGUGAUGACACACCGUGUUUUGCUAUUGACAACAUGGCUGGGCGGCACGAGCCAAGUGUGACACGUAAGCACAUUGUGGGCAGGUACACCGGAAGAUUCCGCAGUCUGCCAUUGCGCACCGUUGCAAGACCAUUCUGCAGAAACUGGAAUAACCGGGAGGGCCCCCCUCCGCCGCUCGAUGUGACCGCAAUGGCUUCCGCCCCUACCCCUUCCCAUAUAUGACACGUAAGCCACAUUGUAG